AUGGCUUUUUUGAGUUGCUUGCUUCUGGCUCGAGUCAUAGGACCUUCAGAUAUGGCUAGAGCUCCUCCAUCAGCUGGAUCAUCCAUGCUCUCAUUAUCUUCUUUGUUUGACUGGUCCAUGAUCAUAUCAAGAUGUAUCUAUAUAUAUACCGUGUACGCGUUUGUGUAUGCGAAAGGAUCGAAGAAGUUUCUAGUUAAGUGUUUUGCGAUAGAGGAUAAGCUUCUUGUUGAUGCCGUAGAUGAUGGUGGAAAAGAACCUGCUCAUAUAUCUAAUCCUGAGAAGUAUGCUGCUGAGUCCGGAGUGGAGGGUGAUUACGAUGCACAGUUCAAGAACUUGGGUAAGUUAGUCGCUGAUUUACAUGAUCAGCUUCUCUACAAGCUUGAUGAAGGACUUAAACCUGCUGCUUCUACGUCCCAGUCCAGUUCGGAGGGUAACAAAGAGUCUGAGUCUGGAUAUUACGGUCGUCGAAGGCCUGUUCCAUCAUUCCCUCCGGUGAUUGGUGGUUUUGGCGAUGGAAGCAUGCUUGUAGGACCAAAUGAUCUUCGCAUGUUCCCCCGAUUUGGUGAUCAUCCUGACUUCAUGAUACCACCACAACCGGGUGUUCCACCUCCCGGUGUUCGUUAUGAUCCACCUCCACCUAUUGGCCCAGAUUUUGGCCCAGCUGGUUUUGAGCCAAGCCCGUUCAGAAGGCACACUCAAAUUUGGCGAGGAGAUGUUCAUCCCGAUCUUCAGCAUUUUCGCCGCUGGCUUGGUUAAGAUUAUAUGUAGCCAUCUUCAAAAAGAAGCACAAGAAAAUGUGGUCUUAGUAAUAAAUUUAUCUUUGCUUUUUUUUGUCAAGA